AUGACAGAGGGCGGCAUCGCGAGUUGGAAGAAGAAAGAGGGCGAGUCGUUCUCUGCGGGUGACGUACUGCUCGAGAUCGAAACGGACAAGGCAACCAUGGACGUCGAGGCUCAGGAUGAUGGUGUAUUGGCCAAGAUCAUCCGCGGGGACAACUCGAAAAAUGUGCCAGUCGGAAUACCUAUCGCGAUCAUCGCUGAAGAGGGAGAUGACCUCGCUGGUGCGGCUGACUUGGCCAAGGAAGCUGAAAACGAGAAGCCGCCUGCAAAAUCCGAAUCUGAGGGCGAGUCUAAACCAGAACCGCCCAAGGAGGAACCCAAGAAGGAAGAGUCGAAGCCAAAAGAGUCGCCCAAACCCAAGGAAACUUCAAGCAAGCCAGAGCUUCAAGCUGGUGCCCCCAUUUUCGCUACUCCGAUCGCGAAGAAGAUUGCACUGGAACGCGGAAUCCCACUAGCCAAGGUCAAGGGCUCGGGUCCGGAAGGCCGUAUCUUACGGGAGGAUGUCGAGAAAUACCAGGGAGGCGCAGGCGCAGCGGCAUCCACGGCUUCUGCCGCUACCACACCGGUCGAAUCGCACACUGAGAUCCCAGUAUCGAAUAUGCGUCGCACGAUUGGCCAAAGACUCACGCAGAGUAAACAAGAGGUGCCACAUUACUACGUCACGUCGGACAUCGAUAUGGGCAAGGUGCUCAAACUGCGUGAAGUUUUCAACGCUGGCCUAGCCGGGAAGGAGGGUGCACCGAAGUUGAGCGUGAACGAUUUUAUCGUCAAAGCGGUUGCUCUCGCAAUGCAGGAUGUUCCGGAAGUCAACUCGGCAUGGCUGGGAGAUAAGAUUCGUCAGCACAACGUAGUCGAUAUUUCUGUUGCGGUCGCUACCCCCACUGGUUUGAUCACGCCUAUCGUCAAGAAUGUUGCGACCAAGGGCUUGACUGCUAUUUCAACCGAGUCAAAAGCCUUAGCCAGUAAAGCUCGCGCCGGUAAACUUCAGCCGCAAGAAUACCAAGGUGGCACCUUUACUGUCUCCAACCUCGGCAUGUUUGGUGUCUCGCAUUUCACUGCUAUUAUCAACUCCCCGCAAAGCUGCAUUCUUGCCGUUGGUUCCACACAACCGGUGAUCGUACCCGCUCCCGAGGAGGAGAAGGGAUGGCGAACCGCGCAGAUCAUGAAGGUGACACUUAGCUCUGACCAUCGGACAGUAGACGGGGCCGUCGCAGCGAGGUGGUUGCAAGCAUUUAAGGGGUAUCUGGAAAACCCGCUUACAUUUAUGUUGUAA